CCGCUGUGGCUGCGUCCGCUCUUGCCAUAGCCAAGGCUGGGCGCAGGUCCUGCGAGGCGCAACCGCUGCCAACCAGACAGAAGGAAAGUUGGGGACGCCAGGAGUGCCGGCCGGCAGGGCGAUCGGUCGGCUUUUCGUGCGGGGUCUUUACGAUUAGCCGCUCAAGGAGGCGAGAUGUCGAAGCCGCCACCCAAACCAGUCAAACCAGGGCAAGUUAAAGUCUUCAGAGCUCUGUAUACGUUUGAACCCAGAACUCCAGAUGAAUUGUACUUUGAGGAAGGUGAUAUUAUCUACAUUACCGACAUGAGUGAUACCAAUUGGUGGAAAGGCACCUCCAAAGGCAGGACUGGACUAAUUCCAAGCAACUAUGUGGCUGAGCAGGCAGAAUCAAUCGACAAUCCAUUGCAUGAAGCUGCAAAAAGAGGCAACUUGAGCUGGUUGAGAGAGUGUUUGGACAACCGAGUAGGUGUCAAUGGCUUAGACAAAGCUGGAAGCACUGCCUUAUACUGGGCUUGUCACGGGGGCCACAAAGACAUAGUGGAAAUGCUGUUUACUCAACCAAAUAUUGAACUGAACCAACAGAAUAAAUUGGGAGACACAGCUUUGCAUGCCGCUGCCUGGAAGGGUUAUGCAGAUAUUGUCCAGUUGCUUCUGGAAAAAGGUGCUAGAACAGACUUGAGGAACAUUGAGAAGAAGCUGGCCUUGGACAUGGCUACGAAUGCAGCCUGUGCAUCUCUCCUGAAAAAGAAGCAGGGAACAGAUGCAGUUCGAACAUUAAGCAAUGCCGAGGACUAUCUUGAUGAUGAAGACUCAGAUUAAUUCCCUUCUGGAGCUUUGAGAUCUAAAACUUCUGUUGCUUUUGCCAUUCCAAAACUUUAUCUUUGCCAGAAGAGUAUUGGUAACUGUAAAAAAAAGAGAAAGAAACGUAUAUAUGAACAUGGCAGUGUUGCACUGUGUUUAAGUGAAACGUGUAAAUGAAAAGUUCUCACCUCCGGUUUGCCAAUAAGUGACUGGAUACUUUGCUGUAUAAAAUACAUUUAUGUUCACCAGAGUAGAACAAGAAGAGAUUAUUUCUAUUUAUCAAGCUAAAGGAAUUUUAAGAAUUUUUUUCUUUAAAAUAAAAUCAGGAUGAUGUUUUUUAGUUCAAGUUCUUUACCUCAAAGAUUGAGAUAUUUUGAAUGGAUUUUUCAAGGGGGGAAAUGCUUAUUAUAAUAAUAAACCAAAAUACUUAAAAGAAAAUUGUCAGCUAUCCUGACAGAAAUAAACAUUUUAAGAGAUUUUA